AUGUCUCUUCCAAUAGAACCAACACCACAACAACAAGCACGACGAGGUAGUAUUAUUUCAUAUGUAGGAGGAGCUGGAGGAGAGAGUUAUUUAUCCAUAGGUUCUGAAACUUCUUCCUCAACCAAUGCUGACGGAAUUGUAUUUACAAAGAAUUUAAAGGAAUUUGUGGUUCGCUAUGUGACUGUCAUUCAAGACAAGCCGCAGUUUGAAGGAAAAAAGUAUUUGAUGGCCUCUGUAGCAUUUCAUUGCUUUGUCAUGUGGACCAGUGUCUUUCUUCCAACUUUGGGUGACUAUUCUUGGGGAAGCAUUGCAAAUUGGAUAUUUACUGUAGCCAAUUAUCCAAUCACAUUUUCAUUGAAUUUACUUUCGUAUUUUGGAAUGAUUGGGGUGGGGACUUUUUGCUUUGUGAUUGUUUUGAUGGCUGUCAUUGUGACAUUAUUAUCAUUUUGGGUAAUUUGGAAAUCGAGUAAGAAAAUGAAACAAAUCAAAAUGCUUUGUAUAAUUACUGGAAGUGUUUUGAAUUUGUUGUGUAUGACAAUGUCAUUUGUGUUGUCAUCCUUUAUUGAGUGUGACUUUGAAAAGAAAGUAUAUUUCAGUAGCAUUGAGGAUUGGGACUAUGCCUUGGUGCGAUAUCCCUCCAUACAAUGUUUUGGGGAGGAAAAUAAGGCUCCAUUCAUUAUGUCCAUUCUAGUGGUGGUAACCCUCAUGAUCGUUAUUUCAAUACUCCGUUUGACUUGGUCUCCAGGUCUUGCCUGUAGUGCUGCAUUCAAAACCAGCUAUGACUGGCCUUUAACAUUUCUGACACUCUCCAAGAUGGCACAGUUGUUUUUCAUGUAUUUUAUUCCGUCAUAUUUGAUGUAUUUGAGAGCAUGUCUGCAUUUGGGUGUGUCACUUGUAUGGAUAGUUAUAUUAUUUUGGAAAGUUCCUUUCACUAGGAGAUUUGAAAAUUCCAUUUAUUCUGGAGUGGCAUUAGCAAAGGUUGGAGCUUCUAUAGGAUCUUUGGUAUCCUCUCUUGUGAAUAAGGAAAAAGCAGUUGAGAUUGGUUUGGCCAUGUUUGGUCUAACAAUAGCUCUCAUCAUCAUUGGAUUUUUGUUUGGCUAUCUUGCUAUGGAUGUGUAUGUACGCCUGGCUUGUCGAUCCAUUAGAAAUAUUUUUCACAGUGCCAUUCAGGAAGGAUCCUCACAUCAUACUGUCACCACUACUACUGAAUGCAAUCCCUCUACUUUAAUUGAGAAAGAGGCCUAUUCCAUAUAUUCAAGUAUUGUGGAGAGUCGAAAAGUUGCAUUUUUGAAGCUAUUCAUACGAUUUUGUACCAUUUCAAGCAACAACUCGAGUCGAAGCUCAAACGAAGAAGCGAACAGCACUCUCACAGAUUCUGGCCUUGUCUUAUCAUUUAUUAAGGGAGUUUCAUACCAAAAACAAUUCAUCAAUGCCGUUUCUCUGGUCUUGAUUUCAAGCCUAUUUUUGCUCUACAAUUCACACGCAAGUUAUGCUUUAUCUCUUGCCAAAAGAUUGUACAGACGUAAAUUGAGUCUUUUUGAAGCCAUAUCACUUGCUGGUACCUUAAAUGAAAUUGAUUCCUCGGUUAAGAAUUCUCUUCAGAAUAUUGAACCAGUUGAGCAUUAUUUGGUCAUUUUGGACUCUAAUUAUAGAGAAAUCAAAGGUCUUCACAAAGAAUUUUUGAAAGAGCUAGCCAAUGAUUCUGUCAACAUUGAUUAUUUGGAAUUAAUUAAUUCUCGAUGUUCGAAAUUGAUGGCCAUGUCAGAAAAUAUUAUUUCCAAUGUACACGAGCAAUACAGGCAUGAUCGAGGUUUCUUAAGAGCCCAUGCGCAGUUUUUGGAGGAAGUGAAAUUUGACAAAGAGUCAGCCAAUGAAAUAUAUUCAGAAAUUGGUUCUCUCGAAGAAGACUCGAAUGAAAGGAAAAGACGCAUGAGUAUGAAAUCAAAGAAAAAUCAAGUGCAAGCGCUUGGUGAUGAUGACAGUCUAGUGAAUGGCUCCUUCAAAGAAAGUUCUCGAUCAUUUCCCGAAUCAAAAUUUAAAAGAAGUACUGUCUAUUCGGUUACAGAUGAAUCGAACAAGGUUGCGAAUGAAAUUGAAGCCGACCGUUUGUGUGAUGACAUGGAUGGAGUUGAAAAUGAUCCAUAUAUUAAGAAGCAAAUGACUUAUCAGUCGUCUCUAUGGGCCAAGCCAAGAAGUGAUAUUUUCUUGAUUGUUUUAUUCAUUUAUGGAUUAUUGAGCCUUUUAAUACUUAUCGUUUCAAUGGCACUGAGUGUCUAUUUUUCUCAAGAUGUUCUUGGAGAUGUUCGAUUCAUACAACAAUCCUGUGAGCCCACUGUUUCUACUUAUGCAAUUUUGAGAAAUGUUAGAAAUCAACAAGCAUUCAAUGAAAUCAUAAGAGAAGGAGUUGUGACUCCAAAUGAGAUCAUAUCGUCGUUAAAAACAGAUGGAAACUAA